AUGAAAGUAGCAGUCGCAGGAGGAACCGGCACCAUCGGAGCAUCGAUUGUCUCGGCCCUUGCGUCGAGAAACCACACUCCCAUUAUCCUGUCCCGCAAGAACGACCAACACAGCGAUGGAACAACCUCAACAUCCCCCGCAGGUGUAUUAAUUCGCUACGUGGACUAUGCCUCCAAAGACUCCCUUGUUCGCGCUCUCCAAGGCGUCUCGGCUGCAAUCAGCGCCUUGCUGAUUCCGGGUCCCGAGUUCGUCCCGUAUCAAAUCAAUCUCCUUCAUGCCGCUGAAGAGGCCGGAUGUGCGCGUUUCGCGCCAUCGGAGUUCGCCCUGUCUCUCGCAGCGCACCAUGAGGUAGACUUGGACCACGCCAAGAUCGUCGUAUGGGACGAGGUCAAGGCGGCUAUGGCGAGAAAGACGAUCGACGCCGCCUUAUUCCCGUGUGGAAUGUUUAUGAACUAUCUGGGCAUCGGCGCUCCACGCGCGUCGGAAGCGUUGGCUGGGUUCAGCGAGGGCCCGCUCAUGUUCCAUUUGAACGAUCCGCAAGGCCCGUGGGUGGAAGUGCCGGUCCAGCAGGACGGUUCUUUCCCGACUCUCACUAUGACGGAUAUCCGCGAUGUUGGUCGGUUUGUGGUUGCUGCGUUGGAGAUGGAGGAGCCGUGGGGUGGCAGAGAGUUGGGAAUGGCAGGAGACGUCAUUGGACUUGGAGAGGUGAUCGAGCUGUGCGAGCGGUACGUGGGAAAGAAGAUUGAAAUCAGAACAUUCACACAAGCUCAGUUGGAUGAGCGGCUGCGUGGAUUCGACCCCAGUGACAUUCUUGCCAGACUCGACUGUCAGUAUACUAUGCUUUGUGGCCGUGGCGGCUCUGUGGUCAAGCCAGUGUUGAACGCAUUGUGCCCGCAUGUUCAUCCGACCAGCGUGAAGGAUUUCCUGGAAAAGUACUGGGCUUGA